AUGUCCUCAACUUUAGCUACCAAAGUAGAUUCUCUUGUGGAAUGGUUAGAUACCAAUUCCCAUUGGAGAGAAGAUCUCAUUAUAAAAGAGUCACAGUAUGGCGGAUUAGGUGUGUUUUACCUGGAACAGCCCGAAGAAGAGUUUGAUCCAUUACUUCUUAGAAUACCUAAGACCAACUUGUUGGCACCCAAGAACUCAUUCAUAUAUAACUUGCUUGAAGAAUACGAGCCUGUCAAUCCUGAACUAGUAAUUUCCGAAGGUGUGUACGCAUUAGUUGUGAGUUUCAUCUAUGAGCAUUCAAUCAAGCAUAAUUCACCCUGGUUCGAGUAUAUUGAAUCUAUGGAUAUUAAACUGUCAGAAAUACCGAUUUGUCUUUGGGAUGAAGCUGAUAAGGCCAAUUUAGCCAAUACCGAAGUUGAUCUUUUGAAUAUGUUAGAUCCUAAGGAGUUGAUUGAUUUUUACAUUGAAGUAUUGCAUUUUGCCGAUGUUAACAAGACGUUCGUUGUUAUUCCUCAAGUGUUGGAUAUUCCUACUGAGCACUUUUCACAUGUGGAUAUUCUCGAAAAGCACAAGGACAAGUUGGUAUUAUUUGGGAAAUUCCUUCAGACUGCCAUUUCGCGGGCGUUUGAAGUUGAUAAUUAUUAUGGAUUGGCUUUGGUUCCUGCUGCGGAUAUUUUCAAUCAUAUUGAACCGGAAUUGGUGAAUGGUAAAGUCAAGGGGAGAGAGGAUAUUCAUUUUGUCUGCGAUGAGAGUGUUUGUGGGAUUUGUGGGGAGCUGGCAUGUGAUCAUGAGGAUAGUGAUGACGAGGAUAUUGAGAAUAAUGACAUGGAAGAGGAUAUGGAAUACGAGAAUGGCGAUGUCCAAGAUAGUUCAGCUGGUGAAGGUGAGUUGUCUAGUGAAGAGUCAGCGGAAGAUGAUUCUGAUAACGGGGAAGAACACUUGGCUCAUUCGGAAGAAGAAGAAGAGGAAGAAGAAGAAGAAGAAGAAGAAGAAGAAGAAGAAGAAGAAGAAGAAGAAGAAGAAGAAGAAGAAGAAGAACCAAUCAAAGAACUUACGAUGGAACAUAUUUACGAACUUGAAGAAGAACUAUUUAAUGAAGUAGACACCGACCUUGACCCGGAAGAAGUGUCCACUGUAUCUGAUGAAGAAAUCCAAGUAGACAAUGGAAGAAUGGCCGAUUUGGCCCAAGAACUUUCUGACGCAUCCAAAUGUUGUGAUGUUGUAUUGGUGCGUCGUCCUGAGGCAUCUACAGAAUUAUUCAAUUCUUAUGGAAAUGAACUCUCCAAUGCGUACUUGUUGCAAAAGUAUGGAUUUAUAAGCAAGGAGAAUGUCAACGACAGUUGUAUACUCUCUGUGCAAUUCUUUAAACAGAUUAAAAGUUUAAAGGAAAAGCUAAAUACUGAAAAGCGGAGAGAAAUUGAAGAGAAGAUCGAGUGGUUGGAGAAGUUGGGGUAUGAUCUCAUUAAUCAGAUCCUUGCAGGUGAUCAUGAUAGAGAGCAUGAGCACGAACAUGGUCAUGGUCAUGGUCAUGGUCACGAUCACGAUCACGAUGAUGAAUGUGAAGAUGACUGUCAAGACGAUUGUUGCCAACCUCAAGAAUUCCCCGAAUCAUGGCCAUUAAGUAUUCGCAUCAACUUCAAUGGUGAAUGCACACCUCAAACAUACGCCAUUUUAAAACUCCUUGAAUUGAAAUAUGUUCAUUUCAAAUAUAAACUCUUGUCAACCACAAAAGAACGGAAAUUGAUUCCGAGAAUCAAGAAGCUCCUCUUGACUCAUAGUCCCCAAGAAUUGGCAACAUACAAUAAACGAGUAAGCGCUUGGUGUCAAGCGAGAAUUGACCGUUACCCCGCCCUAACUUUGAGUAAACAUGAACAAUUGAUUGAUUCGAUGAAAUCUCAAGAAAUUCGCAUUUUGCAAAAGUUUAUACAUAGUUCAUAG